AAACAAAAUGGCCAAUACAGCACAGUUGUUAAGACGACAAAGCUCCCGGGAUAUUGUAUUAAAAUCACAAAAGAGCAUUGAUCAACAUGAAUUGAGAGAGUUACGUGGUCGCUUGGUCUCCGAACACAGUGUCAGCAGCUCAAGUAGUCAUCGUGCUCCUCAUCAUGGACCCCAUCAUGGCCCACAUCACACCCCCAUGUAUGGGGCAACAAAUCAAGCAUUUAUGUCCGAUGCCUUCGAUGAAUCAUCCGAAGUUGAGGAUACGGAGGCCAGCACAAGUAAGGCGGUCGCUGAAUUGGUUGCAGCCAUUGAAAGUGCCCCAGCGGAUAUUGUGGAGGGUGAGAAGGAGGGCGAGGAACGUGAAAGUUGGGAUAGUAAAAUAAUGUUUCUACUGGCCACAAUAGGUUAUGCCGUUGGCCUUGGUAAUGUUUGGCGCUUUCCCUAUUUAGCACAAAAGAACGGGGGCGGAGCGUUUUUGGUGCCCUACUUUAUAAUGCUGUGCAUUCAGGGCAUACCCAUAUUCUACUUGGAAUUGGCCAUAGGCCAACGUCUUCGCAAGGGAGCCAUUGGGGUGUGGAGCCAAGUGUCGCCCUACUUGGGGGGCAUUGGCAUCUCAUCAGCUGUCGUCAGCUACAUUGUGGCAUUGUACUAUAAUACAAUAAUUGCGUGGUGCCUCAUCUACUUGUUGCACAGCUUCGAAUCUCCACUGCCUUGGGCGGAAUGUCCAACACGUCUCUAUGCCAAUUAUACUUAUGAUCACGAGCCGGAGUGUGUGGCCUCAUCGCCAACGCAAUUUUAUUGGUAUCGCACCACACUGCAAUGCUCGGAAAGUGUUAAUCAACCGGAAAAUUUCAAUUAUCACAUGGCUCUGGCCCUCUUGGUGUCGUGGUUUCUUGUCUACAUUUGCAUGGUACAGGGACUAACGUCAUCGGGGAAAAUUGUAUAUGUGACCGCAAUAUUUCCCUAUGUGGUCUUGAUCAUAUUCUUCUUUCGUGGCAUUACUCUGAAGGGUGCCUCGGAUGGUGUUGCCCAUUUGUUUACACCUCGCUGGGAGACUCUACUGGAUCCGGUUGUCUGGCUGGAAGCUGGCACUCAAAUUUUCUUCUCCUUAGGUUUAGCCUUUGGUGGUCUCAUUGCAUUUAGCUCCUAUAAUCCAGCAAAUAACAAUUGCUAUCGCGAUGCCAUUUUGGUAUCGAUGACUAACUGUGGGACAUCAAUGUUUGCGGGUGUGGUGGUAUUUUCAGUUAUUGGCUUUAAGGCCACAGCAACAUUUGAUCGAUGCAAUGAGGAGAAAGCUCAUAUGAUUGCAAUGAAUAAAACUUCAGGUCUUCCGAUUUGUGAUUUGGAGCGAGAGUUGGCAAAUAGUGCGUCUGGUACCGGCUUGGCUUUCAUUAUCUUUACUGAGGCCAUAAAUCAAUUUCCUGGAUCCCAAUUAUGGGCGGUGCUAUUUUUCCUAAUGCUGUUCACUUUGGGUAUUGAUUCACAGUUUGGAACCUUAGAAGGAGUGGUGACGUCAUUGGUGGAUAUGAAAUUAUUGCCAAAUUUGCCCAAAGAGUAUAUAGUGGGGGGUUUGUGCUUUUCCUGCUGUAUGAUUUCUAUGUGUUUUGCCAACGGAGCCGGCAGCUAUAUCUUCCAGCUCAUGGAUAGUUUUGCUGGAAAUUUCCCUCUGCUGAUUAUUGCCUUGUUUGAAUGUUUAUCGAUUAGCUAUAUCUAUGGUAUUCGAAGAUUUUCCGAUGAUAUUGAAAUGAUGACGGGCUCAAGACCCAACAUGUAUUGGAUGUUUUGUUGGAAAUAUUUGUCACCGUGUGCUAUGAUAACCAUUUUAUUGGCCUCCUUUUAUCAAUUACUGACCGAAGGCAGCAGCUAUCCGGCGUGGAUAGCAUCGAAGGGCAUUACCGAGAAAAUGGAAUGGCCCCAUUGGUGUAUAGUUAUAGCCUUUAUAUUGAUUUUAUCUUCGAUUUUAUGGAUACCAAUAGUGGCGAUUUUAAGAUUACUGGGUAUUAAGGUGGUUGAAGAUUCCGAUCCUGCCUGGUUUCCCGAGGCCGAACUUAAAGAGGUCCAUGGUAUUGUGCCUCAUGAACCGACUGAAAUUGAACGCACCAUCUUCUGUUUCAAUAUGGACGGCACUGAGGGUAUGUGCUGUCCGAAAUAUGGUUUACCCGAGAAAUCCUUGGAGGAGGAAGAUGAAUAAACAUAGGGAAGAAUUAGAGAUACUUUAGCAAAAACAAAGUUUUGAGGUUAGAAGCGUAAAACAACAAACAAUAGCAACAGCAUUCAAGAAAAGACAACAAUUAUUUUAGUUAAAAUUAAGAAGAAAAAAGCUCUUAAAACCUGCAGACAUGCUUAUACAUAGAUAUAUAAAUACAUACUUAGAUAAAGACACAUACGAACAAUGUAUGUACAUAUGAAUACAAAUGGUGAGCCAGUUACAGAAGCGGUGUAUACUUACCCCCCCACUAGAAGAAGCAUGUCCGCACUGGUGAAAAGUGCCAUGAGAUGUUCUAACACCCUGCCCCUACGAAUCGUGUAAAUAUGCUGAAUAUUUUAGACUAAACAUACAAACCCAUAACUUCUAUAUAUAUAUACACAUAAUAUACAAUACUAUAUACCUUGUUAUGUAUUAUACAUUCUAAAUAUCCUAUAGAUUAUGUAUACAUUAAUAUAUAUAUAUACUAUAAUUUAUGUGUUUCAUAUAUAUUAUCACAAGAAAAUAACCGCCACCGACAUAUGCAUGUUGUAUAUUUAACUAAAAAUUAUUUGAUUUGUUGUCAAGUUAUGACUCUUUGCCUUAUAUGCCUAGAUUAUAAAAUAA